CUAUGCCAAUGUUGAAACAACUACAGGCAGAAGCGUUCUGCUGCCAAAGUCUGAAAUAAUACAACACUAUCAACAAAUCGCAUCUCUCAGUGAGCGUCUAGCUUAGGUUCCUCUUAUGACUAAAGCGCUCGACGACCAUCCUUCCGCUAAUGUUUGUUAUACUUUCUUUACUUUUAGCGGCGAAAUAAGAAUAUAUAUAAGUUGCAGGAACUUGAAAUCUUAGCCAAACGAAGCAGACCAUGCGACGAAGAGAUGUUGCAUUUUUUGGAAAUGAUACAACUAUAUCCAAGGGAGUAUCUGCGAACAACAGCAUCACAGAGCCAGAGAUGCAUAACUCCAUUGCUCAAAACCAAUACCGCUUUGGUAAUGUGGAUAUCAUCUUAUUGUUCUAUACUUUCCAAAUGGUGGCUAUUAACAAUCAGAACGAGCUGAACAUGGAGGAACGUGUUCAGCAUAUUCUGCAAGUAGCAACAUGUUUAUCAUCAUCCAACAUUCUGUUUGUACAAGAUGACCUCUGGCAUUCAGAUAUGGAGAGUAUCUUUGGUAGAGAAAAUUUGCAAAUUAUCUACAAGACGUUGCAAGAACUAUGCCAGCUAAUGCUACAGGCGCUUCUUCUCCCAUACAUGGCAAGCGUGACGAGCCAGGAAUCAAGAUCGCUGAAUAGUGAUUCAAUCUCCAAGAAAAGGCUAGCCAGCUGCAUCUUGGAGUCCCAUAGGCUCUAUUUCGAUGCCUCUCUUGGCUUUGUGGAAAUUAAGCCUGUUUCAUAUAAUGAGAACAAACAAGCAAUAUCAAAGGAUCUGAUUAGAUUGGGUAUGCUAUCCAAGAAUUCUAUUGACAAAUGGCCCAUGCGCGGUUGCUUAGCGGCUCAAAUUGUUGGUUAUGAAGUAACGUUUUAUCUGACCACGCAACCAUCACCCGAGCUGUAUACCAUGUUGGAAUUGUGUAUCAUCAGUAUACCAUCCUGCCUUGCUCGCCUCCUGGCUUAUCUCACAAAGGUUGAAGACACUGCAGCAUUUUUACAAUGCUAUAAUAAUUGGCGCGUCCACUUUUCGUCUGAUCAACCCCACCAACAUGAAAGGGAAUUACUUGACCAUUGA